AGUAAAGUGAAGCUUCGAAGCUGAGCAGUAUCCACAAAUCCAGGAUCCUCCAUUGAAGGAUCAGGAUCAGGAUCAGGAUCAGAUCAGAAGCAGAACAGGAUAAAGAAACCCCAAAUCCCCCGUUCUCUGGAAGGAGAGAGAUGCUGCGAGCGAGCAACUCGUUGAUCGGGAUGAUCAACUUCCUGACCUUCCUGAUAUCGGUGCCGAUCCUGGGCGGCGGGAUAUGGCUGAGCACCAAGGCCAACUCCACCGACUGUCUCCGCUUCCUGCAGUGGCCGAUCAUCAUCAUCGGCAUCGCCGUCAUGGUUGUGUCGCUUGCCGGGUUCGCCGGCUCGUGCUACCGGAUCACUUGGCUGCUCCGGCUCUACCUCACGGCCAUGUUCUUCAUCGUCGUCGCGCUGAUAGGGUUCACCAUCUUCGCCUUCUCCGUCACCGCCAAGGGCUCCGGCAACCCCGUUCUCAACCGCCGCUACCUCGAGUACCGCCUCCAGGACUAUUCCGGCUGGCUCAAGGACCGCGUGUCGGAGCCCAGCUACUGGGACAAGAUCGUCUCGUGCAUCCAGCAGGCCGGCGUUUGUGGGAAAAUGGCUCCCGGCGGCAUCCCGGAGACGGCCGAUCGGUUCUACGCUCGGUCGCUUACCCCCAUCCAGUCUGGUUGUUGCAAGCCACCGGCGGCGUGCGGUUUCGUUUACGUGACCGAGACGACGUGGGAACCGGUGGCGGGACUGGCGGUGGCGGACACGGACUGCGUGAAUUGGAGCAACGACCAGGCUCGGCUGUGCUACAGCUGCGACUCAUGCAAGGCCGGGGUGCUGGCCAACCUGAAGAAGGACUGGAGGAGGGUGUCCCUGAUCAACAUGAUUCUUCUGAUCGUGAUGGUCGUCCUCUACGUCAUAGCCUGCGCUGCCUUCAGGAACAGCAAGAGGACCGACAACCGGGAGUCCUACGGCAGGAACAGGAUGGAAAAGGCAGAGCCUAGCAGAUUCAACUUCUGACGUGCUGAGUUUGGUGCCUCAUGAUACGUACACGAUUCUCUCUCUCUCUCUCUUCUCCUUCUCUUUCCUGUGGUUGUGUGGAGUACAAUGAGAUCAUUUGGAAUGCUAUCAUGGGCAAGUUUCUUCCUUUUUUUGAGGCUUUUCGUGUCUUAUGGUUCUUUUCCUUUGCUUUCUUGAAAGUACCCUUGUGUAAAGUAGAAAAGGUUUGGUUUAAAUGGAGUUGCUUUUGUGUGUACUGUGUAGCGGGUUCUCUCUGUAUUAUAUCCUUUUCUACUGGGGAAGAAAAAGGGUACGUCAUGGCCAUGUAAAUUGUUUGGGUAUCGGGUUCAUAUCUAUAAGCAGAAUAUCAUCUAAGCCGUUCUUAUGGUUGUUACUUAA